ACGGGCUUGCUCACACGCCCGACCACUUAAUCUUCGUCACGUUUCAGCCACGAGAAAAGCCUACAAGUACUGGCGGUCCUCCGGAGACUUGCAAUUUCAGGUGCUCUUUGAUUCCGAGCAUUAACGUUUCGACUGGAGGCGACAUUUUGUUUCCUUCUUUGUUCAUUGCCGAUCAAGGAUGGCGUCCAUGGGAGCCGUGACUGUUGGUUCCAACUCUGUGUCGAGGAGUUCUCUCAUCGUAAGUCAUGGGCAUUCGGUUUCAGAGACCAAAAAGAGCCUAUCGCUGGUUGGCCUGAAGAACCAAGUAGAAACUCACAAGGGAUUGAAAUCGUUGAACAAAUUGGAUAUGCUGCGGAAGAAAACCCCUUCGAGUGCUGUUUGCAGGACUGCUAGUAGGAAAACUGAUGGAAAUUGUAGAACAGCUGGGAAAAUUGUGUGUGAACAAGGGAUGAACAUAGUGCUUGUGGCUGCUGAAGUUACUCCAUGGAGCAAAACUGGUGGGCUUGGUGAUGUUCUUGGAGGAUUGCCUCCAGCAUUGGCUGCUAGAGGACAUCGUGUCAUGACAAUAGCUCCUCGCUAUGAUCAGUAUAAAGAUGCUUGGGACACUAACGUAACAGUUGAGAUGCCAGUUGGAGAUCAAACUUUAAAUGUAAGGUUUUUCCAUUGCUACAAACGAGGAGUUGAUCGAGUAUUUGUUGAUCACCCAAUGUUUCUAGAAAAGGUUUGGGGCAAAACUAGAUCUAAACUAUAUGGGCCUAAGGCAGGAGUGGAUUAUGAGGACAAUCAGUUGCGAUUUAGCUUAUUGUGCCAGGCUGCUCUGUUGGCGCCUUUGGUUCUAAAUUUGAACAGCAGCGAGUACUUUUCAGGACCAUAUGGGGAGGAUGUUGUAUUCGUUGCCAAUGAUUGGCACACAGCUCUUCUUCCAUGUUACUUAAAAUCCAUGUAUCAAGCAAGGGGAAUUUAUUCAAGUGCCAAGGUCGCUUUCUGCAUUCACAACAUUGCUUACCAAGGCAGAUUUGCUUUCUCAGACUUUUCCUUCCUGAAUCUGCCUGAUCAAUUCAAGAGUUCCUUUGACUUUACUGAUGGGUAUGAAAAACCUGUGAAGGGAAGAAAAAUUAAUUGGAUGAAGGCUGGAAUAUUGGAAGCUGACAGAGUGUUGACUGUUAGUCCAUACUACGCUCAGGAGCUUGUUUCUGGAGUUGAGCGGGGUGUUGAAUUGGAUAACAGUCUCCGUUUGACCACGGUUACUGGUAUAUUGAAUGGUAUGGAUGUCCAGGAGUGGAACCCUGCCACCGACAAAUACAUUCCUAUCAAAUUCAAUGCUGAAGCUGUUACGGAAGCAAAAGCUCUUUUGAAAGAAGCUCUUCAAGCAGAAGUUGGAUUGCCUGUUGACAGGAACAUCCCUUUGGUAGGAUUUAUUGGUAGACUUGAGGAGCAAAAGGGAUCCGAUAUCCUAUCAGCAGCUAUUCCAACGUUCAUUGAUGAAAAUGUUCAAUUGGUCGUCCUUGGAACUGGCAAGAAGUACUUAGAGAAACAGCUUGAAGAGCUAGAGAUAAAAUAUCCUGACAAAGCUAGAGGGGUGGCAAAAUUCAACGUUCCUUUAGCGCAUCUCAUAAAUGCUGCAGCUGAUUUCUUGAUCAUUCCUAGUAGAUUUGAACCUUGUGGUCUCAUCCAGUUGCAAGCUAUGCCUUAUGGGACAAUUCCAUUGGUAAGCACAACUGGUGGACUUGCCGACACUGUUAUUGACGGUUAUACAGGGCUCCAAAUGGGUGCUUUCAGUGUUGAAUGUGAAACGGUUGAUCCAGCCGAUGCAGCUGCAAUUGCUAAAACUGUACUAAGAGCCCUUGCACUCUACGGCAGUGCUGCCCUUGAAGAAAUGAGACAGAACUGUAUGGCUCAAGAUUUCUCUUGGAAGGGGCCAGCCAAGCUAUGGGAAAAAUUGCUGUUGAGCUUGGGAGUUGAUAACAGUCAACCUGGAAUUGAAGGGGAGGAAAUCGCUCCUCUUGCCAAGGAAAACGUUGCCACUCCUUGAGAAAACUUUUCUAGUUUCUCUUAGUAUAGGGCUAAUAAUUGGUAAUGGACGUGGAUAUGAAGAGAGGGAAGUGGUAAAGCAGUGAGAUUUGAUCCUUCAGAGCAUAUCCACAGCUGCCAAACAGCAGGCAGGUGAAAUGGCUCUCCCCUCCAAUUGAUGGCCGCUCCUCAGGACAUGACGGUUGACAGGUAGAACCCUGUAUUUAUUGUAUUCCGCCAAGGAAAAAGAAUUGGAAAAUAAACUACGUCUGCAAAUUUUGUUUUUAGCUUUUGAUCUUUUGUUAUUAUGGAGUAUGUAUGUGAUAUAGUAUAAUGCAUCUCCUAGUUUUUUCCU